CGCCCCCAAUAGCUCGCAAUGUUGGCCCGCCACAGGACCACAGAUAUGGCAUAUAGAGCGGCUCAAGUCCUCCCUCCUCCUAGUCGUACGUCUUCCUCACUCUCCUCUCACCAACAACAGUGUCUCAUGUCCUUGGCGUUUGUAUGCUCCUGACGUCUGCCUACUCCAGAGCAGAUAUGAAUUGUAGCAAUAUGAUAUCCGUGCACGACUUCAGUAUCGCCGAGCUAUGGAAGCAGUUCUACUGGGUCUGCCAAUACGGCGACCUCGACGAUGCCUUCCGAUUGGCACCAGCUAUACGGUAUCAUCCUGACUUAACGGAUGAAUACCAAGACAAGUUCGACGAAUAUCUCGCAGGAAUAUUAGUCGACUCAAUACGACACUGCUCUCUUGCCUGGGUGCGCUUCAGCCUAGAUGAAGGCUCCCCUCUCACGCCUUUCGCCAUUCACCAAGCUAUCUUUCAUCCAAUGCCUGAUCAAGAACGUCUGUUGUUAUUUGACACGUUCUUUGAAAGGGGAUGGAGCGUCGAUUCCAUCGAUCACAACGGCGCACCCUUCAUCCACUCAGUAUCUCAUUCCCCAUUACUGAUCUCGUGGUUCAUUUCCCACGACGCCAACCUCGACAUGAUAGAUCCGCGCCGCAACAGCUCGGCACUUGAUGCUGCUGCAUUAUAUGGUCCGCUGCAAAGCAUACAACUCCUUCUCUCCGCCAACGCACACUUCAGCAAUGGCUCAGCCUUGCAGCUUGCCAUUUCCAGACCAGAAGAUGACUCGGUUAUCAUUCCCAUUCUGGAACUACUCCUCGAUCAACGAAUCUGCAUUAGCGAUGUCGACCCGGAGCUCGACACCGCUCUCCAUGCCUCGGUGUGGCGAGGUAGUCUCCCUCGAGCAAAGCUUCUACUCGAACGUGGCGCGAACCCCUAUCAACCGGGGAUAACUCGACCGCCCGCUAUUCACUAUGCGCGUGUGCUCGGGGACCUUGCAAUGGAGCACUUCCUAUCGUCCUGGUCAACGACGCCCCCACAAGAACGACGGAACAGCUGGAUUGUGGUCGAUAAUGAAGUUGUUCAUGGAACAGAUGACUGGGAGAGAGUUAAUGAAUGUCUAGCUGAGAUGACUAUCGCCGAAGACACUCUGGUCGAGCACUGGGAGGGUUCAGCGCCUGAUCAUACAGGAACGCAGCGAUAUCAACCUGUUGCAGCGGCAUAACGCUGUAUGAAGAGGUCGGCAGGCUCCUCACAACUUUACAUUCAAAACAUUGAUAUCCACUUAUCAUUUUCCCGGGUUGGCGUACUAGGGUCCUGGAUUCCAUGGAUAGGGGCGUAAAAUUUCAAACAAGUACAAGGCGCAGAUGGCUCCCGGGUAUUACAUGCAUUGCGUGGCAUGCCAACUUUCUUCAAGACUCUCUGUAAAUCUUACUUGAUUGAACGUCUCCAUUUAGCCGGGCUAGGUAUAACCUUGUAUUUGUCCUUUCAAUUCUUUUUAUAAGGCGAGCAAUCAGAGUGUUACGAUCCUCACCCCAGGCAGCUAUGUAUAUAGAUCGACCAAUAGAAAUUUUAAGGUUUUGCUGAUCG